AUGGUUACUCGCACGGAACCCAACAUUGUCAUAACCGGCACGCCAGGUGUCGGCAAGACGACACACUGCGAGGUCCUGGCCGAGCGUUCAGGUCUGCGGCACCUGAGCAUCAACCAGAUUGUCAAGGACAAGGAGGCGCAUGAGGGCUGGGACGACGAAUUUCAGAGCUGGGUUGUGGAUGAGGACAAGCUGCUGGACGCCAUGGAGGAUGAUGUUUCCAAGGGUGGCUGCAUUCUAGAUUGGCACGCCUGCGAUCUGUUUCCUGAGCGCUGGGUUGACCUCGUCGUUGUGCUAAGGACGGAUUCCACAGUCCUCUACGACCGGUUGAAGUCGAGAAACUACCCCGAGGCCAAGCUGCAAGAGAAUCUGGACAGCGAAAUCAUGGAGGUACUGCUGCAAGAGGCAAGAGACUCGUACAGCGAGGAGAUUGUGGUGGAACUCAAGAGCGACGAUUCGGACCAGAUGGAGACCAACAUUGACCGUAUCGAGGCUUGGAUUAAGCAGUGGAAGGAGGAUCAUCCCGAGGGCCACGACGGUAGCUCAUGA